UCUUAGACACUUGUUUGCUGCCUCGCCUCCUCAGUAGUUGUCUACACACUUCAUGGACAAAGGAGACCCCACGGAGAAAUUCAUCUGGGUUUGUGUGAGAUUAGAGACACACAGGAGGUGAUCUGCCCCCAUGGAUCGUGUUGACGAGGGCCUGGAGAAGUUCAGGAUCUUCAAGAAGGAUGACUUUGAGGCUGACUGGAUUAAGUUGACGGAACGCAGCUUUGGCCAGGUCUACAGAGUGAAACUCAAGCUUUGGAGGGAAAAGUGUGCCCUAAAAAGCUUCGAUACCACCCUCACUGCCACCAGUUUCUACAGGUAUGGUUAAUGUGGCUUUUUUACAGGCCUAGAAGAUAUACUCUAGAACAUAAUUUAAUUGUCCGUUUUGAAUAGAAUAACAAUCACUAAAAGAGAGCACAUUUGGGUGUUUGGAUAAGUAGCAGUUUGCAGUAGUGGUCGAAAUACUGGGGAAAUAAAUGUGUUCGAUUAGAAAGGUUGAAACUGACAACAGAAACCUUUUUGCUGAGGCUGCUCAGGUGUGGAAAAAAUUUGUCAACUCCCCCUUACACUUGUAUUUUCUUUCUUUGUAGGAGAAUGAUAGAGGAGGCAUCCAAGAUGGAGAAAGUUCAAUUCAAGUACAUUGUAUCCAUCUACGGGGUGUGUAAUGACCCUCCCGCUGUGGUGAUGGAGUACAUGAGUAAUGGCUCCCUGGAUCGUCUCCUCACCAGCCACGUGUUGAUGUGGCCCAAGAAGUUCCAGAUGAUUCACGAGGCCACCAUGGGCAUGAACUUCCUUCACAGCAUGAACCCUCCUCUUCUCCACCUGAACCUCAAGCCUUCAAACAUCCUUCUAGACGACCACCUCCACAUCAAGGUGAGGAUAGCUCCUCAGAGACACUGAUAUGCUGUUAAAGCAGCUAUUACUGUUUAAAACAUUUAAUGAUCUCUUGAUUCUUUUUAAUUAGGCAUGCAAACAUUAAAAAGUGUAGGGUUAUAUUUCAAUAAGAUUUCAGUGGUACAUGCUAAUGAUUAUCUGUCUGAAGAAAAUGUCCCUCCAAAGAUUUCAGAUUUUGGCUUAAUUAAGUGGGAGGAGGCUGGGAGCAAGAAGGAAUUCAUUGAGAAUUUGACGGCGAGAGGAAACAUUUGCUACAUACCUCCAGAGACUUUCACCCUGUGCCCUGAGCAUCCGGGAACCAAGUUCGAUGUUUACAGGUGAGGUAGUUGCCAAGGGCAAAUUCCUACAAACUCAUACAUAGGCCCACUAUAGAACUGUGUCAAUAGGCUAGUUUUCCCUCUCUCUGCAGACAGAUUCCAUAGUGUAUGAAGUAAUACAAACAUUAUGAGUUACUAACUAGAUAUAUCAAUAAUUUAUUCAGUCUUCGUUCCUAAAGUCAUAGAUUUUUUCAAUAUCGUUUCUAUUGAGGUAUAAUCUUUGAUCAUAUAAUUUAGAUUUAAUGUACACUGAACAAAAAUAUAAACACAACAUGUAAAGUGUUGGUCCCAUGUUUCAUGCGCUGAAAUAAAAGAUCCCAGAAAAUGUCCAUACGCACAAAAAGCUUAUUUCUCUCAAAUUUUGUGCACAAAUUUGUUUACAUCCCUGUUAGUGAGCAUUUCUUCUUUGCCAAGAUAAUCCAUCCACCUGCAGGUGUGGCAUAUCAAGAAGCUGAUUAAACUGCAUGAUCAUUACACAGGUGCACCUUGUGCUGGGGACAAUAAAAGGCCACUCUAAAAUGUGCAGUUUUGUCACACAACACAAUGCCACAUAUGUCUCAAGUGUUGAGGGAUCGUGCAAUUUGCAUAUUGACUGCAGGAAUGUCCACCAGAGCUGUUGCCAGAUAAUUGAAUGUUUAUUUCUCUACCAUAAGCCACCUCCAACAUCAUUUUAGAGAAAUUGGCAGUACGUCCAACUGACAUCACAACCACAGACCCCGUGUAACCACGCCAGUCCAGGACCUCCACAUCCGGCUUCUUCACCUGCAGGAUCGUCUGAGCCACCCGGACAUCUGAUGAAACUAUGGGCAAAUGCUCACCUUUGAUGGCCACUGGCACGCUGGAGAAGUGGGCUUUUCACAGAUUAAUCUUGAUUUCAACUGUACCGGGCAGAUGGUAGACAGUGUGUAUGGCGUCGUGUGGUGAGUGGUUUGCUGAUGGCGGUGAAGUUAUGGUAUGGGCAGGCAUAAGCUACGGACAACAAACACAGUUGCAUUUUAUCGAUGGGAAUUUGAAUGCACAGAGAUACCGUGACUAGAUCCUGAGGCCCAUUGUCAUGUCAUUCAUCCGCCGCCAUCACCCAUGUCGCAAAGACCUGUACACAAUUCCUGGAAGCUGAAAAUGUCCCAGUUCUUCCAUGGCCUGCAUGCUCACCAGACAUGCCACCCAUUGAGCAUGUUUGGGAUACUCUUGAUCGACGUGUACGACAGCGUGUUCCAGUUCCAGCAACUUCGCACAGCCAUCGAAGAGGAGUGGGACAACAUUCCACAGGCUACAAUCAACAUCCUGAUCAACUAUGCAAAGGAGAUGUGUUUCGCUGCAUUAGGCAAAUGGUGGUCACACCUGAUACUGACUGGUUUUCAGAUCCACGCCAAUACCUUCAAAAAAAUGUUAUCUGUGAUCAACAGAUGCAUAUCUGUAUUCCCAGUCAUGUGAAAUCCGUAGAUUAGGGCCUAAUGAAUGUAUUUCAAUUGACUGAUUUCCUUAUGUGAACUGUAACUGAGUAAAAUCUUUGAAAUUGUUGCAUGUUGCGUUUAUAUUUUUCUUCAGUGUCAUUAGACACAUGGGGAAUGAACCACAUAAAAAUGAUCCUGUCCGAUUAGUGGUCUUACGUGUUCCUUGUUUUAAUAUAGCUUCUCUAUUGUGAUGUGGGAAAUCCUGACCCAGAAGAAACCUUAUCAAGGUGGGAAACGUGAGUAGCGGUAAUGCAAUCUGAUUCGUGUAUCUGAUUUAUUUUUAAAUGAAUCACAGACACAGUAGUGUUUGACAAAGUUCAGGUAGUUAAACUAUACAAGCUAAUAAUCACCUUUUACAUUGAGUUCAUUUUUUAAAUAAUUUCUCAUCUGAAUGAACAUAUAACUUCCUGUGACACAGGAAGCAGUACAACAACAGUGCUGAUGAAGGUGUCAUCAGGUAGAAGGCCAGGCGUGGAAAAGAUCCCUGAUGACAAGCCACACGAAUGUGAGCAGAUGAUCACAAUAAUGCAACAGUGCUGGGAUCAGAAUCCCAGAGAGAGGCCGGACUUCUCAGGUAACACUUCACCUGAUUCCAGAUCUGUUUGUGCUGUAAAAUACUGUAGAAUAGAAUAGAUAGGUUAUUGUUCAUUUGGUUAGAAAGGAAAUUAGUCUUCUGCAUUUUUCCCAACCCCAGACACACCCACACGUUGAGAGGCACAGGGUCAGCCACGGUGCAGUGCAAGAUGGAGAGAUAUUUUGGGGGUUUACUCAAUGGCACAAUGGUAAUAAUCUGACACCAGCAGCCCUCCAGUAGCCAAUUCAGUCCACACUUUUCCAUCGCCCGGCUUCUGGGCUACCUACCUCCAACCAACUCCUAUUGUCAUUGUCAUCAAUGCCAGAUAUACGCAAAGAUCUGGGAUCAGGCUUUUUGGGUACUUCAGAUUAUCACAGGUGUCUGUAAUUAUCUCUGGCCCACUGUGUGGCCUUACCUGUCCCACUAUUGUUUGUGGAGAUAUGCUCUGAUGAAGGUCGAUUGACCGAAAGCUUAGUCUCUAUUAAAAUGAAUUUGUGACUGGAAGUUUGCGGAUACUUUUUCCUGUUUCUUCAGUUAUGUAUUUUGCCUCCAGCACCUUCACUAUUCGGUUUUGGGUGUGCGGUAGAUUCUGCCUAUUUAUCUACAUUUUCAUAUAUAUGAAAUAUAAAACAAAAUUAAAUAAGAUGAUUUUAAGGUAGAAAAUGGAACGACAAAGCUGUAAAACAUUAGCCUAAAUUUAACCCAUCAACUUAGUAAAUACCAUUGGUGUGUUUCAGUAUUAAAUAUCCUUUAUAUUUUUACACACUUUUAUUUAUUUGACUAUGUCAAUAUGUCUUUGUUGUAAAUGUUUUGGGGCCAAACUGGUUGUUGUGAAAAAAGUCAAUAGUUGGAAGAGUUGCAGAGUUAAUUGAAAAUAAUGCCAUUGUUGAUUAGAUGCUUUUUUCAUUAAUUAGGCUAUUUUCUCUUUAACCAUAUGGUCUAUUCCCUAAAAACUCAUGGACAAUAUGGACACAGAUAUUAGAAAAAUGAAUACUUUAUAUGAAUACGUUUUUUAAAAAGUUAAUCAAGUAUAAAUGACCAAAAUUACCAUAGAUUGCCAUAGAUUACCUGUUAAUUACCAAAAUUACAGAAAAAUAUGGUAACUUUGGUAAAUUACCGGUAGUUUAUUUACCAAGUACUCAGACAUCACUUUGACCUGAAUUGCACAGCAAUCAGUACCUCUGCAUCUGUGUUAAAGAUCAUAAUUAUCCCGUCCAGGGCUUGUAGACUGUCAGCUUUCUGAUCUUAGACUUUGAGGAGACUCAGAGAGACUCAGAGAACACAUGCUCUGCUCAGUGUAAUGCUUACUGAUGUGAGAUGCCUUAUUGUAAUAUUCUAAAAUAAACUCGGAUACAAUUGGAUCAUUUACAGGAGCUGCAGGUCACUUAGUUAGGCAAGCAAUUAAGGCAAAGGAUUAAAGUGCCAUGUUAAUGAACACUAAUAAACACCAUAUGUAUGCAUACACUACCACAUCGAAAUUAGCAACAUCACUAAGCAAUUGUCCAGUCGUGUAAGCAUAUCGGUGGGAUUUGAUUUAUGCAUCAAACUUUGUUUCAACCACAAUUUGAUUAGCUGCAUUAUCAUCCCCUCCUCUAUUGAGCCAGUAGGCCUAUAUUUUCCAUAUUACAGCAUUAUUAAGCAUAAGAAUAGGUUAUUUGCCUUCUACUUCACGUCAUAAAAUGGACACCUUAAAUCUGUAUGAACAAAAGGGUGCGUUUGUUUCAGUUGGAUUUUUCUUCAUCUUCAGUUCCCUUGAAUAUUGUGUUGGCUACAGCAGUUAUUGUACAUUAUGAAAAGUUUUCAUAAAACUAGUCCUCAUGGUUUUUACAAUCUGUUUUUCCCAAGAUCAAAAACACUAAUGUUUGAACAGAAUUCUAAAUGAAUAACUUCACACUUGUACACAUCUAGUUAACAUUUUGAGUAUGACAGAUGCAUGUAGUGCAUAAAUCAAAUCCCUCUGAAUUUGAGAUUAUGUUAUCAAUGACCAAACCUCUUUGUCUGUUUGUUUACUUCCAGACACUGUUCGAAAAACAGAAGCUCUGAGCGACAUCCUGGGAAUAGGUGGAUGUAGCAACGGGGUUAAUACACACAAACCUGAUUAUACCAUGCUGUCGCCCAGCUGCAGAAGAGUAAGUGCUCAGUGCUGCAUCCUCCAUCAAUGUUGAGAUAACAGAUCCAGAAUCCACCAUCAAUGUUGAGAUAACAGAUUCAAAGCUCUCUCUCUCUCUCUCUCUCUCUCUCUCUCUCUCUCUCUCUCUCUCUCUCUCUCUCUCUCUCUCUCUCUAUCUCUCUCUCUCUCUCUCUCUCUCUCUCUCUCUCUCUCUCUCUCUCUCUCUCUCUCUCUCUCUCUCUCUCUCUCUCUCCCUGUCUCUCAUGAUUUGCUCUCCCAUGUGAAUGUAAAAGAAAACCUUGAUGAUGCCAACUGUAUGGUUGUAUAAUGUAUGCAUCUUAUAAACAGUUCUCCUUAGCGCCGAUUACAUGUUCAUCUGGUGCAUCUCCAAUAUAUGGGACAGAAAAUAUUUUGCUGAAUAUCAAUAGCUAACUGUUACAUAUCGAGGUGAUAAAUAACAACUCCAUUAAUAACAACAUUAACUUGUUGAUGUGCUGCUCUUAUGAUGACUACUAUUAACACUUCAUUUUCAUUAUAUCUCCAUUCAGAAAUCCACGUGCUCACUCGCCAACCCUCCAGGUGAGUACAUAGGGAAAACAUGUUAACUCAUGUUCAAUGUGUCGCAGUGCCACUAGGGCUGACAUUUAAAAUGCAAUUCUACCAAGUGUUUUUCACAUAUGGAACUGGAGAAGGAAAUGCGGUGCUAAUUAGAGAAAUGGACAAAAAGCUGUCCCUAUGGAUCAUGUGACAAAAUGCUUAUUUAGCUCUGGCUCUUAGACGUGGGACGAAACAACAACUGUACAAAAUGAAUAAUGCAUAGGAGGAAAGCCUUGUCUCUUUAGAUAAAGUACUUGUAUGCAAAUUCAUGCACACUUCAAUAAACCAUGGCUACCGCCAUACUCAAAUGUGGCAGCAGACAUAUUGCUAUACUGUAUCAGAUUGAUUUGCAACUUUUUUGCAAUGUCAGUACCUCUGCCUCUGUGUCUUAUCUGGUUUAUGUUGCAUUUCUACAUUCACAGACAUGAGCAACACCAGCGAUGACAUUCUCAAUCUUCUAUCAAGGAAAGACUUUGAAAAUUUCAGACAGGCGCUUAGGAAGGAGCAUGUGUCUAUGCUCUUCAAAGACAACAACACUCUCCUCCACUACACAGUGGUUAGUGGUGACACGGAGAGUGUGAAGCAUGUCUUGAGCCUUGGUGUGGAGGUAAACUCACAGAGCGUCAGAGGAUACACCCCUCUCAUCGUGGCUGCGCUCCACAAGUUCCACGAGAUAUGCUCCUUACUGAUGGAGCACGAGGCGGAUGUUAAACUCGGAGAUGGGGACCAGUGGACUCCUCUGCACUUCGCUGCUCAAAGCGGCGACAACAGAUUGGUCCGUCUGCUACUGGACAGUGGCGCCCAGCCUAGCGCUAAGGAGAAAGCCGGGUGGACGCCGCUUCACCUGGCUGCUCAGAACGGCCACGAGGACGUUGUGCGUCUCUUCCUGACGCGGCUGGGGAGCGCCGACGAGCGCGAGGAGCUCCUUGGGAGGACGGCGCUCCACGUGGCAAGUGCAUACGGCCACCUCGCCAUCGCCAAGCUCCUGCUAAGUAAGGGAGUUGACCCCAACGGGACGGACCACUCCCUGACCACCGCUCUACACCUGGCAGCCGAGGAGGGCCACAACAGGGUGGCCAGGCAGCUGGUAACAGCUGGCGCUGAUGUCAACUCCCUGGACAGCCGGCACUACACCCCUUUACACUUCGCCGCCCUCAAGGGACACACGGGCAUCUGCAGGCUGCUGUUGGGCAACGGGGCGAAUCCUGACCCCACGACCCUCCAGGGUUGGACGCCCAUGCACUUGGCUGCGCUGAAGGGCCACGUGGCCACCGUGCUGGAACUGGAAGCCCACCAGGGCUCUGUGGACCCGCCAGGGAAGGGCGGCUGGACGCCCCUCCACUUGGCCUGCCACCACGGGCAGGAGGAAGUGGUGUCCAAGCUACUGGAGGCCAAGGCCGAUCCCAACGUGGCAGAGGAUAGCGGCUGGACGGCGCUCCACUUGGCGUGUAACGGCGGGUUUUUCGUCAGUGUGCUCCAGCUCAUCUCGCAUCGGGCCAACGUCAAUGCUCAGAACAAGAGCCAGGCCACCCCGUUACACCUGGCUGCCCAGAAUGGCAGCAUUCCCAUUAUCAAUGCCCUGUUAUUGAAUGGGGCAGAGAGUAGUAGGAAGGAUUCGACAGGUUGCACAGCCCAAUCCCUGGCCAGGAAGUGUCAGAAAGAGGAGGUAGUGCAGCUACUGGAGGACAGUUAGUGAGCCUUUCACACUACUGAGCCAAACCGAGCCGAGCCCUACCAAGUUGUACUGAUCUUAACCGAGUCAAACAAAGAUGUACUGAGCUGGCCUGGUUACAUAUCCACCAUUGUUGCUGGAACCGUGCUAAAAAGAAUGAUGUGAGAAGAAACUAUCCGAGUCAGUACAAUUUUGUUCGGGUUGGCAAGAUAGUGUAAAAAGGGUACUAGAAAGCUAUGUUGAAAUAUAACUCUGGACAGGGUAACACUGAUGUCAGGCGUAGUGUCUAAGAAGUACAGUCCAUCACUGUUGGGAAGAGUGGAUUGAUUCUCUCUACUGAUUUAUGUCUCUACGGUGUCAAUGCUGUAGUUCGGAAUGUUAUUCUGAAUGCUCAAAGUUAUAUUGUUAUGUUAAUUUAAAUGGUUCAGUUAUUGUUCCAGUGCUCAAGGAUGACCUUACUGUAUGUUGUCGACAUCUAUAAAUAUGUAAUUAUGACUCUGACCAUGAGUGGAUUAUGAAAUCAUUUUUCAUUAGCUGGCAAAAAGUGGUUUAUCAUUCUCUGCACUGUGGUGACCAACCAAGAGGACUAUAUGUACACAUACUUCUGUUCUCAUGGCCAUGGCACAGGUGACUAAACUAACUCCCUUUAGAAAUACUCUAGCAUAGUAGCCAUGGCUGUACUGUGACAUAUCCCAUGAGUCAUUAUCACAGAAAAACAAACGCAGUCAGCUAGUACUCAUACCAUUUCAGAUCUGUUUGACCUACAGUACCUGUCAAAAGUUUGGACACACCUACUCAUUCAAGGGUUUUUCUUUAUUUUUACUAUUUUCUACAUUGUAGAAUAAUAGUGAAGACAUCAAAACCAUGAAAUAACACAUAUGGAAUCAUGUAGUAACCCCCCAAAAAAUCCAGAUUGACUGACCUUCAUGUCUUAAAGUAAUGAAGGUACUGUCGUUUCUCUUUGCUUAUUUGAGCUUUCUUGCCAUAAUAUGGACUUUUACCAAAUAGGGCAAUCUUCUGUAUACCCCCCCUACCUUGUCACAACACAACUGAUUGGCUCAAACGCAUUAAGAAGGAAAAAAAUUCCACAAAUGAACUUUUAAGAAGGCACACCUGUUAGUUCAUGGUUUUGAUGUCUUCACUAUUAUUCUAUAAUGUAGAAAAUAGUAAAAAUAAAGAAAAACCCUUGAAUGAGUAGGUGUGUCCAAACCUUUGACUGGUACUGUACUUAAUGCUUCACUGACAGCUGGAAGUGAAGCGAAACCUGUGUGCUAUGUUAUUAAACCUUCCCACAAUGUUUAUCUCACCAGAGAGGAAUGACAUCAAUGUGAAGCAUUCUAAUCACUCUCACUACCACCCUCUCCCUGAGAAGAUAACUGGUUUGACAGCAUUUCUCUCUCCCCAAACAGCAUGAUGAUCUCUUUCUGCAGGAUUUGAUCCCUGAUCUGCAGGAUUUGAUAAACACUCCUCAUUCAUAA